AUGAAAGAUGUAAUCCCAAAGUGUGCAGAGAGAGUCCCCCUAGACCAACUGGAAGUUGAUGAGGGAAAGGUAAACUAUGUGCCGCACACCGGAGUCUAUCACCCCAAAAAGCCGGACAAGAUAAGAGUGGUGUUCGACUGUUCAGCCAAAUAUGGAGGCGUUUCACUCAACGACCAUCUCCUUCAAGGUCCUGACUUGACUAAUGGUCUUCUCGGUGUUCUGUGUAGAUUCAGGAAAGAGGAAGUGGCCUUUAUGGUUGACGUGAAGAGCAUGUUCCAUCAGUUCUAUGUAGAAGAGAAGUACCGUGACCUGCUGCGAUUCCUAUGGUGGGAAAAUGGUGAUCCAGAGAAGCCAGUGGUCGAAUACAGAAUGAAAGUUCACGUGUUUGGGGCCGCUAGCUCACCAGGCUGUGCCAACUUCGGGCUGAAGAGAGCAGCAGAUGAUGGAGAGGAUGAGUUUGGAGCAGAGGCAGCUCACUUCAUUCGUAAUGAUUUCUACGUAGACGAUGGACUGAAGUCACUACCCACAGUGGAAAGAGCAUCAUUACUGAUCAAAGCCAGUCAGAAUCUGUGUGGAAAAGCUGGGUUGAAACUGCACAAAAUCAUCUCCAACAAAAGAGAGCUGUUGGAAAAAUUCCCUGCAGAAGAGCGAGCCAGUGGUACAAGGGAACUAGAUCUGAAGGUUGAUGUACUACCAAUGGAAAGAGCCCUGGGCGUCACUUGGUGUGUCGAGAGUGACACCUUUCAGUUCCAUAUUGAGUUGAAAGAUAGACCAUUCACAAGACGAGGCAUACUUUCAACUGUAAGUUCGAUCUAUGACCCAAAUGGCUUUGUGGCUCCAGUAACCCUCAGAGGGAAGAGAAUUUUGCAGCAGAUGUGUCGCGACAAACUUGAUUGGGACAAUCCAGUGCCAGAGAUGCUACAACCUGAGUGGGAGAAGUGGCGUUUAGAGGUUCUCGGCUUAGAGAAGAUCCAAAUCCAGCGAUGUUUUAAGCCCAAGGAUUUUGGAACUGUGACAGCAGUUGAAUUGCAUCAUUUUUCCGAUGCAAGCCAAGAUGGUUAUGGUCAGUGUUCCUACCUACGACUAGUCGAUGAGAACAAUAAGGCACAUUGUUCCUUUGUAGUCGGUAAGUCCAGAGUGGCCCCUCUGAAGCUUGUCACCAUCCCCCGGCUAGAACUUGCAGCAGCAACUGUCUCAGCAACUGUGAGUGAAUUCCUGCGACGAGAGCUAUGUUACGAGAUGCUCCACGAAUAUUACUGGACAGACAGCAAGAUUGUUUUGGGAUACAUAAACAAUGAAGCAAGACGAUUCCAUGUCUAUGUUGCUAACAGAGUGCAGCAAAUCAGAAGUCUGACUAACCCAGAGAGAUGGAUGUACGUAGACACCAAAGAAAAUCCUGCUGACGAAGCAUCACGUGGUCUGACAGCAAAGGAACUUAUAGAGAAGUCCUGCUGGUUAUCCGGUCCAGAUUUCUUGCAGAAGGAUGGCCCCUUUCAACCCCAGCCAGCCGUAGUUGCACCACUGAGUGAAUCAGACCCAGAUGUGAAAAGAGUCUCAGCUUUCGUGACAACAGCUGAGAACAACGCACGACAUCAUCACUUCGAAGUGAGCCGACUUGAUUGCUUUUCAUCCUGGAAUAGAGCUUGCAGGGCAGUCGCUCUUUGUCUGAGGUUGAAGACAAAGUUGAGGAACAGAGUAGUGAAGAGACCUUGUGAAGGGAAAGUUUGUUCCACUCCUGCGAAGCAAGCAAUCACUGUGGCAGAACUACAGAAUGGAGAGAUGGAAAUCAUCAAAAAUGUUCAGCAUGAACAUUUCAGUGUCGAGUUACAGGCCCUAGAAGAACUUGGUGUAAUCGGGCAAGUCACCGAUGGAAAGACUGCAAGAGUGAGAAAUGACUACCUGAAGAAGACGAGUUGUCUGUACCGGCUAGAUCCCUUUCUAGAUGUCGAUGGCAUCAUCCGAGUGGGUGGCCGUAUUGCCAGAUCUGAUCUUCCAAUUGAAGCUAAGCAUCCAGCCGUUCUCCCUUACAAAGGUCAUGUCACCCAGUUGUUGAUUCGCCAUAUUCAUGAGAAGGUGAAUCACAUGGGCAGAGGAAUGACACACAACGAGCUACGUCAGAGAGGGUACUGGGUGAUUGGUGGUUCAUCAGCUGUGUCCAACUACAUCUCAAGAUGUGUGACCUGCCGCAAACUGCGUGGAUCGCUGCAGCGACAGAAGAUGUCUGACCUACCCGUAGAUCGACUAGAGCCAGCGCUCCCAUUUUCCUAUUGUGCUGUGGACUACUUCGGUCCAUUUUUGGUGAAAGAGCGUAGGAGUCAAGUCUAG